AGUUUCACGUUUCACUAUUUCAACUCAAGCUGCUGGCUCUUCGAUCGCCCAAAGAGCUAACUCGAAGGUCCAACAAAAAAAAUAAUCAAAGAAACGCGAUCAAGGUCAGGAAAACUGCGCAUUUCGAUGCCUUCAGGUUCAGUUCGAAGAUCAAUUGCAACCAUGGCGAAUUCUUUGAGCUUGAAGCACGGCCUCUCUCUUUGGUGUCCUCAACCUGCUUCACUGAAUCGAAUUCCUCAACCGUCUUCAAUCGCCUUCAGUAGCUCUCCUAGGACCUACGUCGUUGCAUCAUCGACUUUCGCUAACCAGAACCGAGAGUUUGUUAUUGUCGGGGGUGGAAAUUCAGCCGGUUACGCAGCUCGGACAUUUGUCGAACAUGGAAUGGCCAAUGGAAGGCUUUGCAUUGUGUCUAAGGAGGCAUUUGCGCCUUAUGAGCGCCCCGCUUUGACUAAAGGUUAUUUGUUCCCUCUGGAUAAAAAGCCGGCACGACUACCUGGAUUUCACACCUGCGUUGGAUCUGGUGGCGAAAGGCAAACUCCUGAAUGGUAUAAAGAGAAGGGCAUAGAGAUGUUGUAUGAAGAUCCAGUAACAGGUCUUGAUAUAGAAAAACAGACCCUUACUACAUCCUCGGGCAAACUUCUCAAGUAUGGAUCCCUUAUAAUUGCCACUGGAUGCACAGCCGUGAGAUUUCCAGAUAAAAUUGGAGGAAACUUGCCUGGUGUUCACUAUAUCCGUGAUGUUGCUGAUACUGAUUCUCUAAUAUCAUCAUUGGAGAAAGCACAGAAAGUGGUCAUUGUUGGUGGUGGCUAUAUUGGAAUGGAGGUUGCUGCUGCUGCUUCUGGUUGGAAGCUUGAUACAACGGUUAUUUUUCCAGAGAACCAUCUAAUGCAAAGACUAUUUACUCCUUCACUUGCUCAGAGAUAUGAAGAUCUCUACCAACAAAAUGAGGUCAAGUUCUUGAAGGGUGCCCGUAUCAAAAACUUGGAGGCUGGUUCUGAUGGACGUGUGGCUGCUAUUAACCUUGAAGAUGGAUUUACCAUAGAAGCAGACGUGGUUAUUGUUGGUAUUGGAGCAAAGCCCACUGUCAGCCCCUUUGAAGCAGUGGGCUUGAAUAGCAAUGUUGGUGGAAUACAGGUUGAUGGUCAGUUCCGAACAAAAGUACCUGGUAUUUUCGCAAUUGGAGAUGUUGCAGCAUUCCCUUUGAAAAUAUAUGACCGGAUUGCUCGAUUUGAACAUGUUGAUCAUGCUCGUCGCUCAGCACAACACUGUGUCAGAGCAUUACAAAGUGCACAGACCAGCCUAUAUGACUAUCUCCCAUACUUCUACUCUAGAGUUUUUGAGUAUGAAGGGAGCAGAAGGAAAGUGUGGUGGCAGUUCUAUGGAGAUAAUGUUGGUGAGACAAUUGAAAUUGGAAACUUCAAUCCUAAAAUUGCUACUUUUUGGCUAGAUUCUGGUAAAUUGAAAGGAGUUCUCCUAGAAAGUGGAAGCCCUGAGGAAUUUGAACUCCUUCCUAAACUUGCAAGGAACCGGCCACUGGUUGAUAAACAAAAGCUUCAGAGUGCAUCUUCUGUUGAAGAGGCUCUAGAAAUUGCUCGAAGCUCCAUGCAAGUAGAAACAGCAGCCUAGGGCACAGUAGUCAGAUUUUGAUAAAACAAGUUUCUAACUUUUCCUUGUCAUCCGCAAUAUUUUCCAACUUGAGAAUCAUCACUGUUGUUGGAGUGAAACCUCAUGGAAAUUUUGUGUAGAAUAACAAUUUUGAAUAAACAAUCAUCGAGUAUAUUAUCUUCCUAUUAUC